AUGCUGGCCGGUCAGACUGCCAUAAUCACGGGUGCUGCCCAAGGCAUCGGAGCCGAGACGGCCACCAUCUUUGCGCGUGAGGGUUGCCGGGUUGUCAUCGCGGACAUCGAUGCCGACAAGGCCGAGGCCACGGCACAGGCCAUCAUCUCCGAGGGCGGUUCUGCGCUUGCGGUCGGCGGAGACAUCACGGACAACGAGGCUAUCGGCAAGCUGGUCCAGAAGGCGGCCGAGUUUGGCGGCGGCAAGAUUCACAUCAUCGUCAACAAUGCAGGCUACGCCUGGGAUGAUCCGAUCGAGAAGAUCCAGGACAAGCAGUGGGACACCAUCAUCGGCCUCCACAACACGGCGCCAUUCAAGAUCAUCCGGGCAGCGGCUCCAUACUUUAUGGUGAAAGAUGGCGAGCCGAGAUCGAUCGUGAACAUCUCGUCGACGUCGGGGAUCUACGGAAAUGCCGGACAGGCCAGCUAUGCUCUGGCCAAGGCAGGGCUCGUCGGGCUGACCAAGACGGUAGCGCAGGAAUGGGGGCCAGAGUACGGUGUCCGUGCUAACACCGUCGCAUUCGGAGCGGUCAAGACGAGACUUACACAGGCUCCCAAGGGCGAGUUUGUCGUACGGCCCGACGGCACAAAGCAUGCGGUUGGAUUCUAUGGUGGCUAUGACGAGGAAGAGAAAUGGGUUGGAGACAUACCUCUAAGGCGAAUAGGAACACCCACAGACGCUGGGAGGGCUAUCUUGGGCGUGGUAUCGCCGCUCUUUCAGUAUGUCACCGGACAGACGAUUAUGGUCAGCGGCGGUAGGGGGGGGAUGUAG